ACAGAGUCACUUUGUUGAGUUCUUCGAGAAUGAAAAGAAAAAAAGAUAACAACGAUUCGCCGGUAUAUGAUGACGAAAGAGAAGAAGAAAAUAAUUUCGUUGCAAUAAAAUGUGGAUUGCAAACAAUACUUCGACCCGAGCAUGCAGCAGUUGUGAUGCAAAUAUUGUUUGAGCGCAGUCUUCAAAUGACGGAAGUUGCCUCAUUGGCCUCACUUUUGAUUUUAUUCAAGGUGAAUGAAGCACUCGAUAAUGAAGAUCGUCAAUUCUUUUUGCGACGGGAUCGUCGACAGUUCUUCUUCGAUUGUUUCAAUGCGGUAUUGGCCGAAAAUGUUUACAAUAAUAAUAGCCGAAAUCCCAUACCGCCAGAGUUUCGGUUCAUGGUCGAAAACUUCAGUAAUGAACAGUUCGAAUGGCCAAGCAAGGAAAAGUUGGAGAAUGGUUUUCGUUAUUUUGUCAAACAGCACAUCGCAAAUACGAAAACUGGUCUUACCACUUGGUGUGAAGAUCGACUUGAGUCAUUCUUUCGAAUGCGAUGCUAGUAUCGCAAUCACAACAUCUAUGGACCGAGAUUUGAUGGCAUCGACAUCAGAAAUGCCAAAAUGUUAGCAUAUCGAUCCAACGACUUGACAAAUGGUAAUGUAGAAAGAAUAGAAAAGGCCAACAUUUUAUUGGAUGAUCUGGUCGCAAUUGGAUGGCGACGCGAAAAAUGCAUGAAAUUUUUUGUGAAAAAUACUACAGAGAUCAUGAUCGAGAUGGACUAUGGAAUUUGUUGUUCGACGUCGAUAAAAUCAAGCAAUUGGGCAAACGAUCCAAACAAUUCAAUCAUCAAAUCGUGACCAAUAGUGUUUCCGUAUCGGCACUGUACACCAAACUAGAGCAGCCGUGCAACGAAAAUGUGCAUUUACAGGCGGACAAUCUUGUGGGCAAGAAAUACGUUAUUGGCAUCGAUCCGAAUGAAAAAACGUGGUUGGCUAUAACGCGUCGCAACAUCCGGAAAACACCUGAUGAACCAGACGUUGAGGAAAACAUCACAAUACCAAACACGCGAUUUUACUGGGAAACUCGACAGAAACGAAGAGAAAAAGAGGCGAAAAAAUUAGCUGGAUGGUUUGAUAUCGAAGAAAAGAAUCAUCUGAAGACAUACCCAUUCGGUCCACCAUCACCGCGUAAUUCAACAUGGCAAUGGUACAUUGAGUAUCGCAUCAAAAUGCUACGAAAAGGAAUGUCAGCACCAUAACUCAAACAUGUUCGAACAAAGUGGCAAAAUUAGUCGCGUUAUGCCACCUGUUGCUGACACGUUGAAACACCUAAACUUAUUAACUUCAGCUAUAUAAGCACAUAUUUCAGCAGUGUACAGUUUUACACAGAAAAAAUAUGCAAGGAAAACUAGAUGACGUGCCGCAUAAAUUGUAUUUGU